AGGCGUAUAUUUUUGUCUUCCCUGAGCGGGACUCAGCUGCUGCGGAAAUGAAAAUUAACAGGCAGGCUGUUUGGAGGACACCAGAUCUGUACUUGCGCUUUCUGCGUGCAGUUCCCAAAUUGCUGCUUUCUAUCCAACUCACAGUACUGGGCUUCUGAGAAAUUCUGCAUGGUUUUCUUCAACAUAAAAAAAAAAGUCAAGCGUUAAAACUUUAUUUUGGAGCUCGUUCACAUAUCCUCCAGCAGACGGAUAUGAAAAGAGGGAGGAAGUUUGUGUCUGAAACACCCCUCGUCUCAUAACAAAGGCUUGCUUCUCUCCCGCCCGCCCCCGAAAACUACCAGCGGAAAACUUUUCUUUCCUUGCAGUGAGAGCUUGACUUCACAGUGCUUUUGAAGCGAGUGUCUUUACCUUUUAGAAGACAAGCUUUAUCUUUUAGAUUGAAGUAUACCUUAACGAUGUGGCUUUUAUGGUUUCCCCAUCGUGACCGUUUAAUGUCACUACCGAUUGUAUCUGCAAAAUGCAUUCAGCCGCAAUUACUACAGGCGCCCGAAUGAAACCAAAGGUGGUUCACCCUGCAGCAGCCUCCACCUCAAGAUGGUAAUCCCUGUAGUUUUUUGUGUGGGAUAUAGAAAAGUUCCUUCCCUAUGUUACAGGUCCUGUUCCACUUACGUCAGGAGAAUGAGAUAUUUGUCUGAGCUAAAAGAAGAUGAUGUUGCUUGUAGGCAAGCCUACAGCUCAGGGUCUUUCGUCCUGUUUCACAACCUCUCCCCCUUCUUGCAGCAAAAAGGAAAAAUGUUCUCAGCCCUAAAGAUAAAUGCACCGGAAAUGAAAAGGAUACUCCAGAAAUUCAGCCAGAGUGAAAGGCAGAUGGAAGACUCCAUGCUGGUUGGCUGUUCAGAGGAGUGUACACCAUAUUUUGCUUUGGACUUAGGAUCUUUGGAGAGAGCUGCCCUUGAAUCAGAACUUGGUGGAUCAUUUGCAGAUUUAAGGAAAGCAUUUGUCCGGUUAGAGGAGGAAGAUACAACACUGAUUUUCUUGGCUCAGGCUCUCCUCCGCUGGCAUAACAACCAUCAGUACUGUGGAAAAACCGGGCAGCCUACUGAGAAGAACCUGGCUGGGAGCAAACGGGUGUGUCACGGCAGUGAAACAAUCUAUUACCCGCAGAUGUCUCCAGUGGUUAUUACUUUGGUGUCUGAUGGGAGUCGGUGCCUUCUUGUACGGCAAGCAUCGUUUCCUAGAGGGAUGUACAGUGCUCUGUCUGGCUUCUGUGAUGUGGGCGAGACACUGGAAGAGACGGUCAGACGGGAAGUAGCUGAAGAGGUGGGAUUAGAAGUGGAGUCUCUCUGGUACUCUGCUUCUCAGCACUGGCCAUUCCCAAACAGCACAUUAAUGAUAGGUUGCCAUGCCAUGGUGUGCUCACAACAGAGCCAGAUCAGUAUCAACCAACAGGAACUAGAAGCUGCCAAAUGGUUCAGCCUUGAGGAGGUAGAGCAAGCGCUUGGAAGGGGACCAAUACCUUCCCAAGAUAAGGAUGAUGGCCUCUCCUUUUGGGUGCCGCCUAAGCAAGCCAUCGCCCACAAGUUGCUUCAGGAGUGGGUUAAGAAGCAGUCCAUCAGAGCUGCUUAGAGGUGACGAGGCAGCCUUUGUUUCCAGUAAGCUGCCUGAUGCCAGUAGUUAUUUUAAAAUUGGCAUCCAAGUUUACAUAGCACUCAAAGUAUGUAUUUUUCCCCUAGGGUCACUGCAAGAAGAGUUCUAGAACACAUGAGUUCUAGAACAGUGGUUCCCAACCAGUGGGCUGUGGGGCUGUGGAGUUAUUGCAGAGUCCAAAAAUCCAUGCAACUUGGGCAUGUUUCUGCCUUCCCCCACCUGUGCUUCCCCAAUGCCUGGGCUCACCUCCAGGGCAGCCAUGCCUGAUCCAAUCCUGUGUAGGGCCAACUGCUGACUGGGCUUCAUCCUCCAACCAGCUUGCUGCAGUUGACCACACCUGCCCCACCUGGAUCUGCUUGCUCCCAACCUCCAUGCAGGCAGGUGGCACCAGGCUAACCUCAGCCAAAGGCCCCCCUUACGUUUUCUAGCCCAGGAAGAUUGUUUGCUUACUUACAAGGAGAACCACUCCUUGAGAGGCUUAGUCCCACAUCUCCAGUGAUACUUGUAAUGCCUUUGCCUCGAACAGAGGUGUGGACUGUGCCUCUUUAGCUGGUAGCUUCCUUAUGGGUCUGGCUUCCCUGUCCCCUAUCAUAUCUCUGCCAAGAGGGUCCAGAGCUUCAUAGGAAGCCAUUUGGUCCAGGAGUUUCAUCAGGAUGCAGCAUCUCCCUCUUAACAAUCCCAAAUCGCCAUGAUAAGUGGCGGGGGAUGGGGAGGAAGGAUCAUCCCUGGACAGGGAGUGUCAUCCCAUCUUUAAAAAGAACAGCCUCUCUUCCCACCCCCCCACACACCUUUUUUCUCAAGCGCCAGUAAGAUGAAGUCUAACAUCAUGAUGUGAUUUUAUGACAUUAUAAUGUUGAUGCUUCUCAUAACAUCACAUCAUUUCAUAAGCAACAAUAAUAAUUUCAUAAGCAACAAUAAUCAUAACACAUCAUGAUGUUAUACAGUCCAGAUGUUAUACCGUUGUUUUAGCGCGGUUAUAGCGUCACGGUAUAACGUUGUUAUAGCGUUACUAUAAUGCUGUUAUAACACCGUUAUAGCACCAUUAUAGCGCUGUUAUAACGCCGUGAUAACAUCGUUAUAGCGUUGUUAUAAUGUCAUGAUGUUAUAGCGUCAUGAUAUCAUAUUAUAGCAUUAUAACAUAACAUCAUGAUGUGAUUUUAUGACAUUAUAAUGUUGAUGCUUCUCUUAUAAAGUCAUAACAUCACAUCAUUUCAUAACAUCAUAUACCGCAAGCAACAAUAAUCGUAAUGUAACAUCAUGAUGUUAUAAUGUCAUGAUGUUAUAGCGUUGUUAUAACACUGUUAUAGCGUUACUAUAACGCUGUUAUAACGCUAUUAUAAUGCCAUUAUAAAGCCGCUAUUGCGUUGUUAUAACGUCAUGAUGUUAAAGAUCUGUUAGAAGAAAGAUCUGCAGCUCAACACAGGUGCCCAGAGAUCGGACAGCAUGUUGUGCAGAUGAAGUCCCCCUUCCUCCAACCCAAGUGCUAUUGUGAAGGCCACAUAUCAGUGGCAGGGAUUAGCCAAGCAUGCUAUCAUCACACCUGGACCAAAACAAUUGAGACUUCCCUCCACAUGGAUCAUUUUGUAUUGCAAUUUAAUCAUUAUUUGUAUUAAAUUCUGUGAGCUCUUUUGGGAGUCAAAUGACCACUUCAACACAGGGAGGGUUAAAGUCAAAAUAAAUAAGCAUCCACCAGUUGUUCUAUCAAAGACAGAAGUCAUGUGUAAAAAUGGAUUUGACGCAUUCAGUUCAUUGAAAUUGAAAUAAUAAAACAAGUUGGAUAUAGAAACAGA